AUGGUCAACAUCCCAAAAGCCCGUAAGACUCACUGUGUCAAGUGCAACAAACACACCCCACACAAGGUUACCCAAUACAAAGCUGGUAAACCAAGUCUUUUCGCACAAGGUAAAAGACGUUACGAUCGUAAACAAUCAGGUUUUGGUGGUCAAACCAAACCAGUUUUCCACAAGAAAGCCAAAACUACCAAAAAGAUCGUACUCAGAAUGGAAUGUUCAUGUGGUUACAAGAAACAACAAGUUUUAAAGAGAUGUAAACGUUUCGAACUCGGUGGUGAGAAAAAAUCAAAGAACGAAGCUAUUAAGAUUCUAGAAAUAAAGAUAAACCUACAAAAAAAAACCAUUUAA